CCAAAUUUCAGUUGUGUUUUCCGCUUGUCACUUGUGUGUACAUGUCAAUUUUUAACACGGAGAGUUUCUGUCAUUUUGGUGUCACCGACGUCAAGUCAUCACACGUCGAGGAUGUGGAAUAAUGUUGAACUUUUGCUAAAUGAAGACACGAACACAGUCCGUCUGUACAGCGAUGCUGAACAAGAGUCUGGAAAUGCUCUUUAUCAAGUAGACACCCUUGUAAAAAUCUCAUCCUCAGAAAAGGUGUUGUCAAAUCCAAAGGUUUAUGCCUCCAGUAAUCCAAACUGCAGCAUUGUUGUGGCAGACACGGCUGUGUUUCUCUUUGAUCCUAGUUUUCAAACCGUUCUCAUCCAUCUGUAUUUUGACACUUUGGUCGAUGCAGUUACCGUUUGUCCCCAAGGACAGUUUCUGCUCAUAGGAGAGAGAAACGGAAAUCUUCACAUCAUCUUUGUCCCUCUGAAAAAAACUGUGCUGACGAAAACCCUCCAACAACAAAACUCUUCUGAUGGUGAUGAGACAACCUUCAAAAGCCUUAUACUACAUGAAACGCCUAGUUCUGCUGGAUUGUAUGAACUCUACCUUGUUGUUCACGAUGGUUUCCUACACAUAUCCAAUCUUGCUUUGGGAAAGAUUAAAAAAGCGAUUGAAGACAUGAAUCUUGGGGCAUUAAAUGAGAUCCAAGCUCUCAUAGCCAUCAACUUCUACUCAACUAAAGAGAUUCAUGAAGAUGGCUGCAUCUCGGCAGGUCUGGUCUGCUUUGGAAGCACAGUUCAACUUCUGAUCGGGGCUGAUGGUUCGAGUGUUCUUUCACAUUGGAGCAUGAGUCAUGGCCAGACAUCACUGACUCUCACAAAUCACCUGGAUUCUUCUUUAAUAUCAGGGGUGAAGAAGAUUCAAGUUGUAGAUAAUUUGAUUUAUGUUCUAAACAAAGAGGGUAUGCUCAGUUUAUUGGACUUGCACUCGUUCAUUGUGUUGUGUUGUUGGCCGGAUCAACACAUUGUGGAUCUUCUGCUUAUAUCAGACAGAAACUCCAAAUCUUUUACAACGCAAAAUGACACCAGCAUGAAAAUUCUGACUCUGGUUGUUGAAGAACACAAGCCUCAUUCUACGAAGCUUGUGGUUCAGUCCUUGCCCUCUAUGGAGAUUUUCUACUCUCUGAAAGUUUCUGCUGAGUCUUGGUUGAUCCAGAAGGGGAUCAGUAUGGACACAAUGUAUUUGCUGGAAGGGAUUUUGCCUGACACAAAGAGAGAUGGAGAUCCGGUCUCUACUAUUGUGAUAAGAUGCUUUACAGAAGCUUUACCAGAAAACAGACUGAAUAAACUUCUUUACAAGCACAAGUUUGAAGAAGCAGAGAAAUUUGCAAAAGCAUUUGAACUUGACGUUGAGCUCGUUUAUAAAGUGAAGAUGAAUGUUGUGCUGGAAAAACUCAUCUUUGCGUCAGGCAGCGAUCAAAGCCACGAGUGGGCUGAGCUCAUUGAAGAGGCUAAAACUAACCUGAUGAAGAUUAUGGACGAGCAGUUUGUGGUGCAGUACUGCCUCACUGCUUCAUGGCCAACACUUAGCAUAGCUGAAGAGAUGUUGAAUUACGUCUCCAAUCGCUUCCCAUGCUCCCAGGUCCAGAUAGCCAUGGCUAAACUUGCCACCUUCUCUAGCAUGUAUGGACCCAACAGCUUUGAGGGAGUGUCAUGGAUUGAGUUUUUGAACAGCAACGAUUAUCUGAAAGACAUCCUUAAUCUUCUGAGGGAUGGAAAUCUUAGCGGAGCGCAGUACUUAUGGCUCCGACACGAGGGAGAGUUUGCCAGUGGUUUCGAUGAGGCCUCUCUGAAUGCUCUGUUGGGCUCCAUGCCAUCGGACGUCCCAUCUCACGACCUCAGUCUGUGGUUUAAGGGUGUGGUCGUCCCAUUUGUGAGGAGAGUUUUGCCCACAGGACAGAAAAUCCUUGCUAGAUGGUUGGAGCAGCGUGCCAGGAAUCUAGAGUUAACAGAAAAGAAUGACUGGCCUCAUAAUGGCCUCGCUUUGGCUGAACUGGGCUUACCUUCCCUGUGGAGCUCCAUGGGUUUGGUUGAUAAAUGUGGGACAGAAGACGUGCAAAAUCUUCAGGCACUGGUGACAAAUCUCCGUCAGCUUUGUGACCUCUACACCAAAUAUAACUGCCGUCUUUCACUGUCUGACUAUGAGAGGGGUAGCACACGCAGUAUGGCCUUUCUGAUGCUGGAUAAGGUUCAGGCUCCAGAACUUAUUCCUGCUGUGAUCAAGAGCAGCGUUCGGCCCUUCGCUCUGGAGAACAGAUUGGACCUGGACCAGACCCUCCUGCACUACAUCAAGGAUUUGCUGGAGUGCUGUAGCUCUCAGAUCACUUCUCUCUUCACUGAAUGGGAAGCGAAAGCCGUGGCGGUUUUAAACUGCAUGACGGACACCAAUAAAGUGAUGGAUGCUGUGAUUGAGAUCAUGUAUAAGGCGGUGGUGCCUUGGAGCGACACCAUCGAGAAACUCGUUCAACAGCACUUGGAGAAGGAACAUCCAAAACAGGAGCUACUGCGAGAGGGUUACAGACUGAUGGAAAUAAAGAAGCUUCUCAGAUGCUACGGUAUCCGCAGCUUAGCCCUGUCCAACUCUCGUGAGAUCAUGAUGCUUGUGAGGCAUAUUCUGAAGCAGGAUCUGCCCAGCUCGCUCCAGGACUCUCUGAAGUUAGCAGAAGCCUACAAACACCACCAGGCCAAGAUCUAUCAUCUUCACUGUAUUCAGCUUAUACAGCAUAACAGGAGAGAGAAGUGCAUUGAGCUGUUGAAGAACCUGCCUCAUUCAGAAGCUGAAUAUGUGAUCGAGCGCAUGGCCUGCUGGGCAAGACUUGAGCUUCAGGACAAACGACACAUUUCUAAUGAGCACAAGCAGCAGCAGAUGCUCACUUCACAGAUUAUGGUUGAAGCUUUGAAGUACCUGCAGAGCAUUCAGACAGAUGAUGCCUUCAAGAGAACAGAGUGCGAGAACAAUAUGAAGAUGUUCGCAGCCAUUGCUCAUCUACAGGAGGACUUCGAUAUCUUCCUGACUCCGGCAGAGUACGACGAUCCAGUAGUGAGACACAAGUUCAGCCAGCAGCUCAUCACGGCAUACGAGAACACGCAGGCUUGGCGACGUUCUGGAAAACAACACCCUGACAAGGUGUCCACCAACCGAGUCGAUGACAAUACCACCAUAGCCAAUGAUCCUGAUGGCAAAACAAAAUCUCUCUCCACUGAGGCCGGCCUCCACCGGCUUGCCAGACAGCUGCAGAAGACCGAGCAGGAGCUGUGGGCCAACUUGGGGCUGAGGGCUUUGGAUGCUGGAGAUGUGGAGAAAGCCCUAAAGAUCCUCGGUGAACUGUACCAGCAUCACCCGAGCUCCAGCACAGGAAAAGUCCUGUUAAACACCGCCCAACGACUCUGCCAAAUGCUGGAGGAGAACGUGCCCAUGGUUCUGCCGGAGAAAGUGAAUCUCCCUGCAGUCAUUAACAGGCUGGCGUGCCAGGCCAUCACCAUCUGCCACAGCGACCUUCUGCUUGACUGUCUGGAGUUGUGCAAAAGCACCAGAAGCGCCGCUGAUGUGUACAGACAGUGUCAGAUUGAAGAUUUUGGAUUUUUCGCUAAAGAGUCUGCAUCGAAUGGUGAGGAGGAUGCAUACACAGAGUCCAGUUUUCAAGAUGUGUUUAAUGAAGACGGUAUUGUGCUGGAUCCAGUGUCAGUGCUGCCACUUCAGUAUAAAAUCACCUCCAAUCUGUUGCCUCUGUCAGAUUCAAGGCUUUAUCCUUUCGACUGUUCGUGUCUGUCAUUCUGCACUCUCAAAGAAGGGUGUGAUUUGGUCAGUCCUUUGCUCAACCCCAUGGCCUCUAUGUUACAAACACUCCAGGAGUGUAGUCAGCUGGAACUGGCUCUGAGACUUCUGAUGGAGUCUUACGGCAGUAUAUUACUGCACUUUGUCUCCAACAACAUGGACCUCUCUCUGAGCAUGAAACUUCACUCCAGCAACCGCUUGGCUAGAGACAAACAGACUCUUGACCAAAUCGAGAAAACAGCUCUUACGUCUGUCACUGUGGUCGUGUUCUCAUUGUUACAGAAGGUGCUUAACUGGAGGGUUGUCGACACAGAUUUGGCCAUCGGACUUUGUACCAUUUUGUCCAAAGCGGCAGUCGUGGAUAUUUUAUGGAAGAUGAUCAGCAGCGCCUGGCAAAAUUAUGACAAGAUUAAGGCUGUUGCUAUGGUUGGAGCCCAUCUGAGUUUAUUAUAUAAAGAUGAAGAGGAGAGAAAAAAGUUUCUGUCCGUCAUAACUGAUGCCGAGUGGGGCAUUCAGUUGGGCAGACUUGGGGUUUCUAUUCAGUCUGUAUUUGGGCAGUGCACGGAGACAAAGAGAAACUUGAUUCCUACGCUUGUAAAGAAGAAAAACAUCACACCUGACAUCAUACUGCAGUACUGCAGUGCGUUUGAUCUGGACCAGGAUUCUGCCAUCAACCUCUACAUCACAACACUGCUGCUGCAGGACGACACGUGUUAUGAGACGGAGGAGGCCGGUGAUCACGACCCCAAUGAUGCCCAGGGGGGCAACAAACAACAAGGAAGUGAUGACAUGCUGGAGCGUGCCCUACAGAUUGUUCCUCAGCUCAGCUCGACCAGAGACCUUGUGAUCAGUCUCAACACAGCAAUGACCAAGCUGAGUCCUUACAAUUAUGAGCGGAUUGAAAGAGUGCUCAAAACCAUUCAGAUGGCGGAUGAGAGCACCACACUGUUACCUCUCGGUCAGAUGAUGGGAUUACUGCAACACUUGAAGUCCCACAGAAGAAUCUCUCCCCCUGCCGACCUGGAGAGUUCUUACCUGUUGGAGAACUGUUUGGAACCCACGGCUCUAUCAAACACCCGCCUGCCCUUUCACCUGCUCUUCCAGACCAACCACGCCUUCUGGAAGAUUGUUUCUCCAGAGCUCAGUGAAGAGACAUUACCCACCUUACUUCUCAUCUGUAAACUCAUGAAGGUUAAUCUCGACAAGCUGUAUGUAUUGGCUGUGAACCACGUGUUUAAGAAGAGUCUGUUGCCUUUGGUGAUGGAACAGUCCAAACAAAUCCAGCACAUGGAUCCUUCCAGAGAAAUGUCCACCGUCACCCAGAACAUUAUCAGACACGUGCUGUGCAUCCAGAAUCUGGAGCUGGCAGCUGCCACAGUCCAUAAGAUCGCUCAGGACCUUCCCGCGGGUGCUGAAAAAACAGUUUUCUUAAAGUUUAGCUUGGAGCUUGUUCACAAGUUGCUCAAGUCAGAUACUCUUGAGGAUAAUCUGAAGGCCCGUGGGGAGGCGCUCACCUCUAAACUACAGCUGCAGUACCAGCGCUCAGCCACAGAGAACGCCCUCCUGUCGUCUCAGCUGGGCUCCUCAGAGCUCCUGAAGCUCACGGGUCUGCCCGGCCGGCUCAUUGUAGCUCUGUUUGAGCACGGCUCUGUUAUCGAGCGCAUGAACAAUCCUGCGGGACAGACUUACCCUGAUAUUCACAGCGUGGCCAAAGAGAUCGCUUCCAUCAAUGGUGUGGAUCUUCUGAAGAUCAGGAACGUUCUUUUGGAGAAGUGGCUUUGUAAAACUGGUCAGACUAAUGCGAAGGACAUCAGUCAUCUGGACCACGUCACUGAUAUAAAUGAUGACCCCGACCUCAUGAGGGUUGUGUAUCUGUUGCAGAUGCAUCCCAUGGAUAUAAGUGCCCGUUUGCUCAGUCCCAUCCUGACGGCUCAGACAUGGCCGUUAGGAGGAUCAGGACUGCGUUUGACCUUUGAGCAUCACAGUCGGGCUCUGCUCUGUCUCACUCAUUUAGCAGACACGGCGACAUUAGAGGCUCUUUCAAAUCAACCCAGCAGCAAAAUCAAAUAUUAUUUGAAGUGCUUCGUGUAUCUUGCUCAGUUGGAGGCGCUCAACAUUCCUUAUACCCUGGAGAUGUUCAUGAGCAGCCCAAAGGAGGGCAUGAUCAAGGGUUUGUGGAAGAAUCACAGCAACGAACCUCAGGCUGUGCGUCUUGUGGCAGAUCUUUGUUUGGAGUAUCAGGUUUAUGAUCUUCAGCUGUGGAACAGUGUCCUGCAAAAGCUUCUGUCAUUCAAUAUGACGGUCUACUUGCAGAAGGUUCUUGAAGCUCUCAUGGCAGUGCCCAGUCUUCUAGAGGGGCAAGGUCUGUCCAGAACCUGGCGUAAUGUCAUUCAAGCCCCUUUUCUGACAGCCUCUCUUCCUCUCAGCCCUCAACAGCAAGACAUCAUGUAUAAGACAUUUGUCCUCUUAUUAAAAUGCCCGUUUUUGUUGACGCUGGAUCUGGUUGCCAUUGCAAAGCGGUUUUCUCAGUUUAAUCUGCAGGCCUUCUCUUUGGGCGCCCUUCUACUCAUACCUUGUGUCAGUAAAAAGAACCCACACAUUCAGAGCUUUCUGUCGUCCUGUAACCCAAUCCUCACUCUGGAUCAAGUAGAAGAAACCAUGGCCACCGGAGAACUCGCCGGCGUUCCUUCACAGAUCAGAGACACCGUCUUUAUGUUUCUUUGUGGAAAUGGUCGUGCUCAGACUUUAAUAAAGAGCAAACACUUCACUCACCUGAAGAGGCACCUGAUCACAAACACUAACAGUGAUAUAGUGGAGGAUCUUCUGAACCACCUCGUGCAGCAAAACAGUGAAGAGGAGGCUGUGUCUUUUGCUCAGGAGUAUUUGACAUACAGAGAGCUGAAGGGAGGAGAAGCUUCUGAUGCUGUCAGGGAGUUUUUGGAGAAAACAAUGGAAUCCAGAGGAACAAAGAUCUAAACAAAAUACUAAAGAGACUGUAAUGAAGAAGCUUUCAUUCUGUACAGAACUGCACUUAUGUUUGUUUUACACUUUCUACUCCUUAACUAGACCUUAAUGCUAAAAAUGUGUUUGUUUGUUACCGUAUUUUAUCAUAUGUAAUAAACAAAUCUUUGUUUGUAUUAUAACAUGUUGUUAUUUUGGAUCAGUCCCACAAACACAACAAAUGUUUUACAAAUGCUUGUUUAACAAACCUUUAAAGAUAAUCAAAUCUUCUCAUGUGUAAAGUGUUUGUUUGUAUAUGUUGCCAAAACUGAAUUAUCUGUGAAAUAUUAGCUCAGAUGACAAACACAUUUACAGUAUAGUAGAGUUAAUGCUAAAAACUAGUUUGAUCUGAUCUUUCUGAUUUAACACAGGAUUGUGUUGCAUAUUUAUUGCAUUCAUAAAACGAAACACACAGAAUAAAAACAUAAAUAGUAUUUAUUAAAAACAUAAAUGUAUAAACAAAUAUUAUAAGGAAAUAACUUUUACAUAAACAGAUACACAUAAAGCUUUUCUUUCUUUUGCACAUGAAUAUUUUCUGUUGCAUAUUUUUUUGCACAUAAUUCAUAUUUUGCACAUAAUUCAUUUUUUUGCACCCUUGAAGUUUUUUUGUUGUCGCUUGUAAGAUUUUUUUCUUUAUUUGCACAUUAAAUAAAUUGACUUAA